AUGAGUGGUCGAUCGCCCGUCAAGAGUCCGGCUAGAAAGAAAAUGGCAACAAUGCCAAGUACAGUGGUUCGUGACAAAACCUCAUCCCCAUAUAAAUUGCGAGAUACAUCGAAGCUUCCAUCGAGAUACAGAGACGAGGAAAUCGACGUUAAACCGUUGAGAGCACGAACUCCAGCAAAAUCACGAACACCCACAAAAGGCUCAACAACUGGACUGUUGAAAUUCUCAAAUGUAGACACCAGCCCUCAACAAAUUCCUCAGCUCGACGUGUCCUCAACACUGGUGCCACAACUCCCUCCCAUCAUUCUGUCAGUUCACCGGGUCCCCUUCAAGAGAAUGCAUCGCGUUCGAAUUCUAUCUCUUCACGAAAAAGUGGAGAGCUGGUCAUGCUUCAAAAAAUCGAUCCGCAUGGAGCGCAAGGCAAAUCCGCAAUUCGAGCCGCAAGGCAAAUCCGCAAUUCUACCGAUAUCGCUAGUGAACUCUGCUGAAGGCAAUGCUUCGUCCUUCCCUUCGAUUCGUGGAGAUGUUAGUGAGGUACAUUCGGGAUCAUAUGCAGCACCAACAGUAGUCACGCGCCACUCCGCUUAUCAACAACAUCCAAGAGUUGUGACGCGUGUGGUUGAGGAGUCAUACACGAACACUCCUGAAUCGUCGCGGUCUUCGUUUGACGACGACGCGUCGGAAGCGACCAGGAAUGCUCUUCUGAAAAGAAUCGCACGUCAUAAGUCUCAGAACGAGCUUGGAACAGAGCUUCAACAAAGCCUGCGCCGAAUAAGAAAUCUGCUGAAGCUUCCCAAAUUUACUUUUGGAACGCUCGCUCCCGUUGUUCGUCAAUUUUCUUCGAGGAGGAGCGACAAAUCUUGGAUCAAAGAAAGACGAAAAGUGAGGGCUAUAUACGAUGGUUCGUUCACGUCCACGGCAAAUUGCGAUUUGAGUGACAUGCCGCCGAAUCUUCCUGCACCGUUAGUCGUUGGAAUGAAGGUCUAUGCCAGGCUGCGAGCGCCGAAGGAUGGAAUUUACGGUGGUACCAUUGAUGCGUUGGUCACUGGUGGAGGAGGAUACAGAAUUGUUUUCGACAAGGAAGAUAUGAUUCCGCCGGCAUUUGUACCUGAUUAUGAGGUUAUGUAUGAUGGAUCAUUGGAAUUACUUUCACUUUCUUACUUUUUGCAACAAAAUAGUGCUCGGUUACCUACAAUGAACUCAACCCGUACUGUUCCCAUACCUCAUACUACGAAGCUGAAGAAAUCUUCUGACGUCAGCCACGAAAAGGUCGGAAACUUCCCAGUUCGCAUGCUUGUUAUUCUGGUGAAGGUUGCCAAGCUGCUAGAAAUCAAAAGGAAGCUCGUGAAGACGCUGACCGAAUUGAAUAACGAAGCAGAGAAAGAAAGUAUACUUACUGACGUCUACACGCCUGUGUUCCAGGAGCGAUACGCACGAACUGUCGUCGAUUUAGAAACCGUAAAUCGGCAAAUUAACAUCUAUCUGAAUGGAAUACAGGAGUAUAACACUCAACUUCUCCCACAUCUGAGCGAGGUGAGUAUAAGUGCUCGCCCAGAAGCACUGCGUCGAAUGUGCGCUUCUCACGCCAAUCAAAUAGUGAAACAUUGUAAUCAGGGUUUGAACGUUACUAAUCCUCAAGCGCUACGUCUCAUCACAGCGUUAACCUCACUUUUACUUCAGAUUCGCUCGCUAGGACAACAAAAAAUGACUCCAGUGGAUCUCACUGCUCUAAACGACUCUAUCAACGAAAUCCAUCAGAUGGUAAGAAUCUGUAUGCAAGGGCUCUUUUAUAAUGUGCUUCAAUUUUCCUUCGGUCAAAACUGCAGUCAUCCUCAAUGA